AUGAUUUUCGCUGAAAGCUCUGAAGAACACUCAAUUUCGGCUCCGCAGCCAGAUCCCAGAGACACGCACUCUCCGAUGGUCAUGGAAGUCGAACCAGACGCACCUGCCUCUCUCCGUCGAACCAUUGCAAUCAAUGCUUCUCUUACCUGUAUUACUGGUAUCGGAAAUCUGCUCGGUGGACUACUUACUGUAUGCGUUCCGGUGAUUUCAAAAGACUUGCAUAUCCCACCAGAUUUACAGCUUUGGCCAGCCUCUGCUUUCGCGCUCGCCUGUGGCUGCUUGCUACUCCCGUGCGGUGCGGUUGCUGAUGUCCUUGGCUGCCGGCGUUCCUGCUUGCUUGGUGGGCUGCUUCAGACCGCAAGCGCACUUGGUGCAGGCCUUGCAGCCACCUCGACUCAACUUAUCGCGUUGCGAGUUACAGGGGGUCUCGCUGCAUCAUUCUGUCUUCCUGGAGCUAUCGGCUCCGCUGGACAUGUCUUUCCCGCCAGCAGCAGCCCACGCCGUCGUAGUAUUGCAUUUGCUGCUAUGGGUGGUGGCCAGGCUAUCGGGUUUGGACUGGGCUUGGUGCUAGGAGGGGUGAUUUCUGAUACAGUCGGCUGGCGCUGGGGCUUUUAUGCCACGGCUAUACUUAAUGCUGGUGUACUCGCCUUGGCGGUAUGGGCACUCCCACCUAGUAUAGAUGGUAUUUUAGAGAAGGCAUCAUUCUCACGUCUUGUGCAUGAUAUUGACUGGGUCGGCGCAUUACUCAUCAGCGCAUGUCUCGCGCUUCUCUCUUACGAGCUAGCCGUAGCAACGGGAUCAAAUGCGAAUCAGAGCAUGCGUGAACCUCUGAAUAUCGCCCUGCUAUGCAUAGCAAUAGUACUUCUACCGGCAUUUGCGCUUUGGAUGCGUCACCAGUCCCGAAUGUCUCGUCCCACUUUGAUUCCAAAUGCUUUAUGGACCAACCUACCAUUUACAUCCAUGUGCAUUACCGUCUUCCUUGUCUGGGGUACUUUGAACGCUAGUGAACAACUCGCGGCCCUCUACUUCGAAGACGUUCUAGGCAAGUCCACUCUGACCGCAUCUCUAUACUUCCUACCCGCGCCGAUCUGCGGCUUAUUGAUGAACGUUGCCAUUGGCGCAUUCCUUCCGCGCAUGCGGCCAUCUAUCGCGGUCCCUGCAGCCUGUUUUGUGAGCGGCAUCGCCCCAUUGUUACUAGCCACCUUGUGCCGUCUUCACGGGCCGAACUAUUGGCGGGGUCCCUUCCAGGCAAUGGCACUCAACCCCCUCGGUGCGGACCUUAUGUACACGAUCGCCAUCCUAGUAAUGACAGCCGCAUUUCCACCCCAGACACAGGCCCUAGCCGGUGGAGUCUUCAAUAUGCUAUCACAGGUUGGCAAGAGCGUGGGGAUCGCUACGUCGGCGUUGAUUGCGCGACAGAUUACUGCCCAGGCGGGGAAACCGGGCACUACGGAGAGUUUGUUGCUCGGGUAUAAAGCUGGUUGGUGGUAUAAUUGUUCCUUAGGGUUCAUAUCGGUGGCUGUGAGUUUUUGGGGUCUGAGGAGUGUUCAAAAGGUGGAGGUGAAGAGAGAUUAA